AUGGAUACAAAGGAAAUAAGGUCUACUGUAUCCAAUCUCGAAAAAGCAAUAGAUGAUACCACCAUUUUAAAGUUGUUGAAUAUCUUGAAUGAUGGGGUUAAACCAACAGAAAAACUCUUGAGAGAAACUAAAGUAGGUGUAGCUGUCAAUAAAUUUAGAAGCCAUGAUAGUGCUGAAAUCAAUGGUUUAGUCAAGAAAAUGAUCAGAAAUUGGAGAGAUGCUGUCCAAGCAGAAAAGAAUAACAAAAAGAAAUUGGCAACAGCAGCUGGAACAGGAGCCCCUUCAAGCUCAGCAAUUUCGCCAUCAUCAUCGGCUUCUGGAAGUACAACACCCAAACCAUCAGAGACAUCCACACCAGCCGCCGUCCGCAAGGGCCCAAGAAACCCAAAGACUGACGGUGUAAAUACUCAGCUAUACGAAAAUGAUACCAGAAAUGCAUCUGUUAGUGCAUUAUACACGUCGUUAGCAGUUGAUCGUGAUGAUUCACCAAAGCACAUUUUGAGAAUAGCUAUUGAAAUUGAGUCUGAGGUAUAUAAAAAUGAAUACCUGAAAAUAAGUGAUAGUUACAGAAACAAAUUGAGAAGUUUUACCAUGAAUCUUCGAAAUAAGAAAAACCCAGAAUUAAGAGAAAGAAUCUUAUCCAAACAAAUUUUACCUGCUGAAUUUAUCAAAAUGUCCCCUAAUGAAAUGGCUCCUGAGGCAUUGAAAAAGGAAAUUGAAAAAUUACAUAAACAAAACUUGUUUGAUGCUCAAGGUGCUACUGAAAAGAGAGCAGUUACCGAUAGAUUUACUUGUGGAAAAUGUAAGCAUAAAAAGGUUAGUUAUUAUCAAAUGCAAACUAGAUCUGCUGAUGAACCUUUAACCACAUUUUGUACUUGUGAAAAUUGUGGCAAUAGAUGGAAGUUUUCAUAA